AUGUUCUACGAGAACUACACUUCCAACCACACUUUCUCCCCCUUGACUGCGGGGAGAGAAACCCCCAGUUCGCUGUUCUCACCAUGGAAGACGUUCGACAAGGUCUUCACCUCAGUCAUGGGGUACCCGACCAAAGACUUCGAGUUCGUCCCCGGCCACACACCGUUCUCGACCUUUGGCGGAACCAUGGCAAUGGUGGUGCUGUACCUAGUCGUCAUCUUCGGCGGUCGCGAGGUGAUGCGGAACCGGAAGCCAUUGGAGCUGAACGCGCUCUUCAAAAUACACAACCUCUUCUUGUCUCUACUGAGCGGUGCCUUGCUGGUACUUUUCGUUGAGCAAAUCGUCCCGAGCCUGUGGCGCGGUGGCCUCUACGAAAACAUCUGCGGGCAAUCCGGCUGGACCCAGCCGCUCGUUCUUCUAUACUACGUGAGUUUCCAGACCGGAUCCCUGAAGAUAACUGAAGCUCACCCCGAGAUGCAGAUCAACUACCUUACCAAGUAUUACGAGCUCAUCGACACCGUCUUCUUGAUGGUCAAGAAGAAGCCCCUCACGUUCCUGCACUGCUACCACCACCCGGCGACCGCGCUUCUCUGCUUCUCCCAGAUGAUAGGAGGCACGCCCCUUUCCUGGGUACCGAUCACGCUCAACCUGACGGUCCAUGUUGUCAUGUACUGGUACUACUUCCAGACUGCGCGUGGCGUCAAGGUGUGGUGGAAGCAGUGGAUCACCCGUCUUCAGAUCGCCCAAUUUGUGCUCGACCUUGGCUUCGUCUACUUCGGCUUCUACGACGUCUUCGCAGAUACCUACUUCAAGGAGUUCCUGCCCCACGUCGGCCGAUGCGGCGGCGAGUUCUUUGCCGCGGUAACGGGCGGAGCCAUCCUAACAUCGUACCUGGUGCUCUUCAUCAUGUUCUACAUCUCUACCUACAAGAAAGCCGGCCGCAGAGCCGCGCAGAAGCUUAAGUCGGCCAUCGCCAGCGAGAAAAGCUCCCUUGCGGCAGCGACAGCGGCAGCUAACAACGCCACGGCCGAGCUCGAGACGUGA